AUGCUAAGGCGCUCCAAAAACCUGUCCAGCGAGAUGAAAGUCAAAUAUGCUUGUCUACUCAUAGUCGAUGGACUGCUUUGCCGCAAAUCCGCAGGCAUGAAGAUCCCCAAAGACCACGCGGAGAUGAUCAGAGACCUUGACUAUUUUCUCAGCUUCCCUUGGGGCUGGCAUUGCUUCGAGAUGACUGUUCGGUGCAUCAAAUCCCGCACCACCACUCAGCUAGCACAGCCUACCGUUGUCGUUCAGGGUUUUAUUCAUGCCGUCCAGUUGGUUCUUCUCAAGGCGGUCCCAGCAGCGCUGAUGACGAUGGGGGGAGAAAGCGGGAGCGAGUCAGAGGAGGAAGAGUGCGCUACGGCCAGCACUCUCAAACUCGAUAAGCUCUGA